UCAUGCACACAUCUCGAUCACACUCCCGAAAAAAUCAUGGUUGUGCCGAUGGAGCCUGUGCGGUACCGCGUGAGACGAGUUAUUCAUUAAAUUAAGAAAAAAACGAAAGCUGACACAAACCGAAGUGUAAAAUCGUCGAAUUAAUAGAGUAACGAGAGAUUAUAAAUAAUCAAACGUCAGAAUGUCUCUUUGCAUACGAACAAUUUCGAAUAAAUUGACGCCUUUCGUCGGCACGAGAAAACCGAUAACGCACUUGGAUCGCCAGCUGCCAAAACAUGUAAAGGAGUCAUCGGCUUUCCUUCAGGACUUUCUGGCUGGUGGUGUGAUUCUGAAUAGCAAGAUACAACAGCGAGAGACAGCAUUUAACUUGAUGGUAAAACCCUUAAAGACAUCCCAAAAUGUUGUCGUUUGGAAUUAUAAACUUAAGAGGGAAGGCAAUUGGAGUAUCGGGAAGGGCAGAAAAGAAUCUUUUCAGGAUGUUGGCAUAAAAUUUUCCAAUAAACUACUUGUGACAAAGGCCAGUAAAGUUUUUUCCGUUAUGGGGAAGGAAAAUGUACAGUCAGAAGCUAAAAAUGAUGAUAAUAAGCCUGCUGAAGCAACAGGUUCCGGGGAUGGAAAACCAUCGCUGGAACAAUUAAACAAUGUGUAUGAAGUUCUUCGUGUUGAUCUCCCUCACUUCUUUAUAAACUCCAUUGACUAUAAGAUCUACGGUAAAAAUAUAGUGUUCGAAAACAACAUUAAGGGUACAGUGACAAAAGGUAUCUACGAAUAUGUUAAACAGACAGCAAUGCUGAGAAUUAUAGGGCACGUAAAAUUUGCCUACGUGAAGUUCGAUGUAUUGAAAAUAACGGUUCAUCCUGAGGACAGCUCGAUUAAAGUUCGAUGGCGUAUACGAGGAAUUACAGGAUAUAAGAUUUUAUUCACUUUUUGGAAAUACAAGUUAUGGAAUUUGCAGUCUACGAUUGAUCAGCUUGAAUCUUGGCAUGAUGGUUUCUCUACUUUCUACGUCGACGGAAGUGGCAAAGUGAUAAAACAUGUUGCUGACAAAAUGAUGCCGGAUCAAGACAAGGAGGAAAUAUCAACUAAAGAUAAAUCAGGAAUGGCAGCUAAGCUUGCAUUAUUUUUAGGCCUUUUUAUACCUCAGGAUUUCAUGACGGACGUCCCACUACUGAUGUCCAAGAGUGUCAAGCUCAAAAGGGACACGAAAUGUUGAAAAGGAAAAGUCCGAAGUUGGAAUCGUCUAAUUAGAGCAAUUAAGGAACGUAAAAACAAAAAACGCUUCACAAUUGAUUUUCUACAUGUCAAUAAAUACACACGAUUGCAGUAAUUCCUUAGCAGAAAAAAAUAUGCGUCCAAAAAUUGAGCACUGACGUUCAAAGAAAUACAAUUUUUCAAAAAAUUUCAAUUCUCCGAAAAUUCAUUAAAACAUUGAUUAAAAAAAUCAUUGAUUUUUUCGAAUUUAAUUUUCAUUAAUUUUUUAAUGUGAGAAAAAAAUUGAUUGAUAGAAUACGAAUAUUUAAUGAGAUUAGUAAUAGAAGUUUGCGAGUAACAAGAUCUUCUUUAUGCAAUAAUAUUAUCACUGAACAUCAUUCGAAACCACAAGACAAAGAGACAGAAAAAUUUACGGAGACAAUUUUUUAAUUUGAAUCAUGAAUGAAUUUGCAAAACUAAAAAGAUUACGAAGUGGAAUAAUGUGCGCGCUAAAAACUACACCACUUUAUUGAACCAGCCGACCCUCUUGUAAAUAGUAGAUAAUUGUUGAAACAAAAAUAAAAAAUAAAUAAACGAUUGUUACUGACAGAUGUAAAAGAUGA